GAGGAGAGGACAGAAAAACCGUGUCCCAGGGCGCGCGGCGGGACCGACAGGACCGACAGCAGGACCAUGGACGGGGCCCGCGGCCCCCCGCAGCGUCUGAGCGCCACGUAGCUGCAGAACCGGCCCAGGACGGACCAGGACGCUCCGAGCCGCCAUCCAUCCAGCCGCCGCCCGGCCGCGUCAGGUGGAUGCGCCCUUAUGGAUCAUCGCGUCCAUGGACGUCUUCAAGCCCGCUCCGGACAGCAGCAGCAGCUCGAGCCCCAACAAGGCGUCCCCGUGGCCCACCCCGGAGAACGGCCCCCGGGGCCCCCGCCGCCCCGGCCCCGGCCCCGGUCCCGGUCCCGGUGAUGGAGAACCGGCGGAACCGGGCCAGCCCGGCGGCGUCUGGACCGCCGUGUUCGACUAUGAGGCGACGGCGGAGGACGAGCUGAGCCUCCGCAGGGGCGACCUGGUGGAGCUGCUGUCCCAGGACUCGCUGGUGUCCGGGGACGAGGGCUGGUGGACCGGCAUGAUCCAGGACCGCGUCGGCAUCUUCCCGUCCAACUACGUGAGCAGCGGAACCGGCAUCCCAGAGGAGAUCCUGGACACGCCGGAGCAGCUGUACUCGGUCCCCCCCCUGCACCUCCUGGAGAUCAAUUUCUCGGAGCUCACCCUGGAGGAGAUCAUCGGCAUCGGCGGGUUUGGGAAGGUGUACCGCGCCGUGUGGCGCGGCGGCGAGGUGGCGGUGAAGGCGGCGCGCCGCGACCCCGACGAGGACGUGGCACAGACCCUGGAGAGCGUUCGCCAGGAGGCCAAGCUGUUCGCCAUGCUCAACCACCCCAACAUCAUGGCGCUGCUGGGGGUGUGUCUGCAGGAGCCCAACCUGUGCCUGGUCAUGGAGUACGCCCGGGGCGGCGCGCUGAACCGGGCCCUGGCCGGGAAGCGCAUCCCGCCCUGCACGCUGGUGGACUGGGCCGUGCAGACCGCCAGGGGCAUGCACUACCUCCACGGCCAGGCCAUCGUUCCCAUCAUCCACCGGGACCUCAAGUCCAGCAACAUCCUGAUCCUAGAGCGGGUGGAGCUGGAGGACCUCAGCAACAAGACCCUGAAGAUCACAGACUUCGGUCUGGCCCGCGAGUGGCACCGGACCACCAAGAUGAGCGCCGCCGGCACCUACGCCUGGAUGGCCCCCGAGGUCAUCCGCUCGUCCACCUUCUCCAAGGGCAGCGACGUCUGGAGCUACGGCGUGCUGCUGUGGGAGCUGCUGACCGGAGAAGUUCCCUUCCGGGGCAUCGACAGCCUGGCGGUGGCCUACGGGGUGGCGAUGAACAAGCUGGCCUUGCCCGUCCCCUCCACCUGCCCCGAGCCCUUUGCCCGCCUCAUGCAGAACUGCUGGAGUCCUGACCCUCACUCGCGGCCGCACUUCACCACCAUCCUGGACCAGCUGACGUCCAUCGAGGAGUCCGGCUUCUUCGAGAUGCCGGCCGAGUCUUUCCACUCGCUGCAGGAUGACUGGAAGCUGGAGAUCCAGGAGAUGUUUGACGAGCUGAGGAUGAAGGAAAAGGAGCUGCGGUCCUGGGAGGAGGAGCUGACCCAGGCCGCGCUGCAGCAGAAGUGCCAGGAGGAGGCGCUGCGGAAGCGCGAGCAGGAACUGGCGGAGCGGGAGAUCCACAUCCUGGAGCGGGAGCUGAACAUCAUCAUCCACCAGCUCUACCAGGAGAAGCCUCACGUGGAGAAGAGGCAGGGCAAGUUCCGCCGCAACCGCCUUAAACUCAAGGAUGGGAACAGGAUCAGCCUGCCGUCAGACUUUCAGCACAAGAUCACGGUGCAGGCGUCGCCGUCCCACGACCGCCGGAGGAGCCUGCUGAGCAGCGGCUCCAGCCCCCCCAACAGCCCCACGGUCCUGCCGCGGCUGAGAGCCAUCCAGCUGACUCCGGGGGAGGGGUGUGCGGCCUGGGGGCGGGGCUUGGACGAGGAGGAGAUGGAGAGGCGGGGCUCCAGGAACAAGGGGCGGGGCCGGGGGUGUGGCAUCUACCGGGAGCACAGCGCCGACGCCAGCGUGAAGCCCCCCCACGAGGGCAGCAGGCAGCGGUCCUGCAGCGCCCCCAACCUCCGCCGGUCCCCCAGACACAGCCCAGCGGUUCCCGGGGUCCCCAGUCUCCUGGAGAUGGAAAACGAAGACUGCUGCUUCACCAGCGAGCCGGGCGCCGCCCCCGGCCAGUCCUACCUCUGCCUGCCCUUCCAGAAGGAUUCCCAGGGCUCGUCGGCCUCCGACAGCACCGUGGAGGAGUACUGCCUGAGCGGCCAGGCCCCCGGGACCCCCCCCUGCAAGAGGAGCCCCGGGGGGGGCCGGCGGUCCGAGCUGGUGCUGCUGGGCUGCGGGGCGCUGCUGGCGGGCGUGGGCCUGGGCUGCAGCCUGCUGAGCCUGGCCCAGCCGGAGGGCGGCAUCAAGCCCCGCUGGGAGGGCUUCUUCCACCGGGCCGGCGGCCCGCGCCGCGUCGCCAGCUCCCCCACCCGCCGGCUGUUCCGGCGGGAAAGCCCGCUGAAGCCCCCGGCGCCGCCAGGGCCCGAGCGGGGUCAACCCGCCGCCUACACGCUGCUGACCCUGUCCCCGCUGUCAGACUGCAACUCCACGCGCUCGCUGCUGCGUGCCGACACCGAGGAGCUGGUGGUGUGCCGGGCCGCCGCCUCGCCGCCGGCCCGCCCGCCGUUCUCCCCCCCCUACGUCCCGGCCCCGAGGCCGGCCCACAGCCCGGGCAACCCGCUGGUCAACACCCACAUCGAGAGCUUCAAGCGGAACCCCCGCCAGUCGCUGACGCCCACCCACAUCCCCUACGCGCCCACUUCCUCCCGCAGCCUCCGCCGGACACCGUCGGACGGCGCCAUCAAGAAGAGCUGCCCCGCCGGCAGCCUGGAGCCGCUGCCGGAGAAGACGGCGCUGCCCAGCGCAGCCUCCGAGGUCCCCCGGCUCCCGGACCCCAACCUGGUGUUCCCCCCGACGCCCCGGCGCCGCUGCGCCCCCGAACGGCCCAAAACCCUGGACUUCGUGGCCCGUCCGCGGCCGUCCCCGAGGACCCGCUGCGGCGACGUGCUCCGGGCCGACGCCAGACCCCGGGGGAACGGAGGGACGCUGGGCAACGGGGAGUCCCCGGCCCACACCUCCAGCACGGAGACGCCGCCCACCGUGGAGUUCGGGCGGGACCCGGCGGUGCCACCCACCCCCCUGGAGGCCCCCACCCCCUACUCCCCCCGCGCCAAGAACGGGACCCUGCUGGACCGGCUGGACGAGAGCCAGUGCCGGGACGGGACGGUGCCGCUCUGCAGGCCCGAGGGCAGCCUGCCCAAGGACUCGCCGUACCGCUACAAACCCGGGUUCUGGUCCUGAAGCCGCCCCCGGCCCGACUGUUACUUCUGCAGAACCCAGUUCCUCUGAAAUAAGGCAUUUACUGUUAAUACCCGACUUCGUUUUGCAAGAUAAUUGACCGAUUUGGCAUCAAAAGCAGCUGAGACGAAGCAUGAAAGCCUGAAAGUCCUGCGUUGCCAGGCCCGGUGUGCUGUCUGGGACCAGGAACCAGGACCGGGACCAGGACCAGGAACCGGAACCAGGACCAGGACCAGGACCAGGACACGGACCAGGAGGGACUUCACAGCAGAGCAGUUCCGACACCGUCACCAAGCUUUCCACGCGCCUCUCACUUCAAGCUGGACUUCAAGAUUGUGCAUUUACUCAAGUGCACUUUUGGGAAGCGUCAUGAAUGUAAAGCCUCAUUUCUUUGUUUUUUUAUCGUUUAUUUCUAUUUUUUUAUCAUUUGAACUCACCUGUGUCUGCAGUUUAUGUCUCACUCCUGCACUCCUGGUGGAUUCUUGUUCUUCUUGCACUCGUCACCAGUACUCGAGUUGUAAAAAAAAAUCAGGGGGGAUGGUGGAUUUUAUCAUAUGGGGACAGAUAAUUUGUGCUGAUUACAAAUAAUAUAAUAUAUUACAAAUAAUAGCAGUGACCAAAACACCUGCAGAAAUACUGCAGGAAUGACAUAGCAGCAGUUAAAUGCAGCCUUCUGUAAGCUUUAAAUAUCCACUGGGCUUACAUCAAAUACAUCAAAACACAACAAUAAAAAACUGUUUUCUGAACUUAUCAAUAUGACUCUGUCCUUCACAGGAUAAGUAAAAUGGAUCACUGCAAAAACUCAAAAUCUUAACAAGAAUAUUUGUCUUAUUUCUAGUUAAAAUGUCUCAUUUUUAGUCAAAAAAAAUCUCAUUACACUUAAAAUAAGACUCAUCAC